AUGAGUGUGACCUUACCUAGGGAUCUACUCAUGGAGGAGGAAAGCCUCCAAAUUAUCAUUUGGGGGCGGAAGUCUACCAUCCCAACUUCUGUGCAAGGCAGCUUGGCUGUCCUCAGCUCAUACCCCUCAAGUCAUACAGAAGCUGCAAUCGGGGGUCUUCUUGGAGGGACUUCUGUGGAGUUUGAUGCCUGGUGGAAAGCCAGAUUCCGUGAUCUGACUGCUUUCAGCACCGCACUUCAGGUCCUUUUUAAGGGCUGGGACACUUGGAAUGUCCAUUCAGACGCGAGGACUCACAGAUUCAUGGUGCAGACCAUCAAAGACAUCAACAUGCAAAUUAUAGAAGAUCCCUCUCUGACAAAGAAUAUAGGCAGCCAACCAGCCCAAAGCGGAGAGUCAAUUCUGUAUGGCCGAUGGGGAUUGGAGGUUGCCCUCCGGGGAUGGAGAGAGGAGGAAGAAGACCGAAGAGAAGAAGGAUCAGGCAUAACAGAACAUGUGAGGACUUCUCCUGUAGAAGGGGAAAAGAAAAGAGACUGCCCAGUCUGUGGCUCCAGUUGGCAUCUCCCUUCCUCCUCGACUAAGUCAAAAAGACUUAGAAAAGAAGAUUGUAGAAGAAUACGUGGACCGGGGGGAACUGGGGCAGUUUCCUACCACCACCUCGGCACGGAUGAUGAGAGAGAGGCUUUCGAAGCUGGGAGCAAGGAAAGGGGAGCUAGAAGGCUGGGAGGCAGGCGAGGAGGAGAAAGGGAAAAAAAAAGGAAAGGAAAAAGGGAAGUGGAGAAGGAGGAUGGAGGUGGUGGAGGGGGGAGUAAUGUAUGUGAUGAGAUGGGAGCAUUUGUUGUCAUGAUGAGGAAAUUGAUUAGAAUUAUUGUUCGAAUGCGGCUGAGAUAG